ACACAUAACUGAAUCCCUCGAAAGUCGCCACGUCAUUGUAAUAUCUUGGCCCCUCCGCUUCUUUUUGUUUUCCCCAAUCAUACGAUUUCGCUACCCGCCCCCCCGGUGGAUCGAGUGGAGUCGGAAAUCGAAAUCUCUUGAGGUUGCUUUUCAAGGCUUUGUGAUCUUAUUUACUUGGAGAUCAUUCAGCAAUAAUAUCUACUGAAACAUUGGCAAUGCUACAAGUAAUAUCGUCAGACCUGGUGCAUAUUUCUUUGGCAGCUAAAAGAUAGUCUCCCCUAGAGACUCCUUGGGACAAUGGCAGCAAAUGAAAAUCUACCACCCAAUGUCAUCAAACAGCUUGCUAAGGAGCUCAGGAAUCUCAAUGAAACACCACCAGAAGGCAUUAAAGUGAUUGUAAAUGAUGACGACUUUUCCACAAUAUACGCUGAUAUUGAAGGCCCUGCUGGAACUCCAUAUGAGAAUGGUAUCUUCCGCAUGAAGUUGUUAUUAUCUCAUGACUUCCCUCAGUCACCUCCCAAAGGUUACUUCAUGACAAAAGUCUUUCACCCAAAUAUUGCAACAAAUGGUGAAAUUUGUGUGAACACACUGAAAAAGGAUUGGAAUCCUAGUCUUGGAUUGUGGCAUGUUCUUACCGUUAUCAGAUGUCUGCUGAUUGAACCAUUCCCUGAAUCUGCACUGAAUGAACAGGCUGGCAAGAUGUUGCUAGAAGAUUACGAGGAGUAUGCAAGGCAUGCCAGGUUAUAUACUGGUAUCCAUGCCCUCAAACCAAAAUUCAAACCUGAGAUAGGAGCAAAAUCCGAGUCCACCACAGCUCGAAAUGCUGAUCAGAAGGAUGCAGUUUGCAGCAGCAAGGCGCUGCUGCCACCUACUCCAUUGACGGUCCAAGACCAGAAUGUGGUGGUGGUGGUUUCAGCAGCAGAGCCCUCGGUCAGGGCAGCAGCCAGUCAGAGGAAGGAAGGAGUGGUGGCUGUGAAAGCUAACAUGGAUAAGAAGAGGAUAGAUGCGAGGAAAAAGAGCUUGAGGAGAUUGUAGGGAUGGAAAUUGUUUUUGAUAAAUGUUCUUUUCCCUUCAUUCCUAAUUCCUGCAACAGUGCAAUGAAAAACUCUCAGCAUUUGUGCUCGAGUGGUUCCUAUCA